GAGCGUGGUCCAGGUCCGCACUUACACAAUGUGCAAGAAGUAGCACCGCUAGCACCAGCAGCAGCGAGCGCCGCGGACAGCAACAACCGCAGCCGCCGCGCUCAAGACGCUGCAGAGCGCGAGUGACGCGCGAGGGAGGAGGACAACGGCCAGUCGAGAUGGCAAGCAGUUCGAUAAGAGUACGGAUGAGGUAUCGAGGGUGUCUCUCCGCCUCAGUCAGCGUCUUCAGGUCGUGUGCAUGUAUGCUCCUCCCCGACAACCCUUCAUGCCCUCUCCGUCGUCUACGCUACCAGUCAAGUCGACGCUGCCGUGGCCUCCUCACAGGGAGAGCCGGACUGAGCUACCGACUCGCUCGCGUGGCCUGCCUAAGACAAGCUCUAAUUCCCGUGGGGCACCCGGCCAGUGUCAUGCAGCCUCAUUGGAACUCCAAUCAACUCCGCUCCGCGCGGCGCUCCUCUUCCGUUUUGACACUGCUGCAGUGCCUCGACUGGCCCCAGCGCGGCGCGACGUCAUGCCUUGGCGCAGGGAAUCCUUCGCAGGCAGCACCUUCCGAAAAAAACGCGUCUACGGCCCCCAAAACGCUACAACUUUGACAAAAUAUUACGGCGUCCAGAGGACACCAAUCGGAGCUACUGUGGACGGGAAUCGAACCCGUGGCCUUUGCUUACGUAAGGUGGAAGGCAAAGAGGUUACCAUUACCCCACCACAGUGCUUUGAAGGAAGGCAGAGAGACUAAAGCGCCGCAGGCCUCGAUGGAGGCGGUUCGCUAAAAUUUACCGUAUACAAUGUGUCAAACGCCCGAUCUCUCGUCGUUCUGACCUACUUCCUUGACUCUGCGAACGUCGCAACGCUUCAGGUUCCUCAAAGGAUGGUAUUGAGGCCAAGGGGGCGAGCUUG